CAGUUGGAAAUCGAAACUCGCGCUGAACGGAUCCGCGGAAUCCGAGUCUAAAGGUAAAACGCGGAUUUGAUUUGUCGCCGUUGUGGCUUUUUAAUUCAAUUGGCGAUUUCGAGCUGCGAGCUCCAAGCUGCGAUCUCCUCCGUGCUGCUGCCCAGUGUCACACCUGUGCGAGCUUGGGAAACCGAAAAUUUGACAACGACAGCCCAUGAAUACAUAAGGAAAUGUUGAAAUGUUGCAUAAAUGAAAGUUAGUCCCGAUCGUGAGGAGAGGGUAAAGGAGAGGUCGAGCUGGGCCAGUCGGGUAUUCAGAUUUAAGGCUGCUCACGUCGACGGGGCGGAUACAAAGUCUACAUGUGUCACAACAGCAAAAUCGGCAAAUCAUUUAAAUGAACCGCGGCGGCAAUUGAAGAGGCAGCAAUUAACAAAGACCACUGCAACUUGGGGGAAUAGUGGAAAUCACUUAUAUAUAGAUAUUUCGCUCCUGCAACAAAAUGAAGAAUCGUCAGCGAACGCGCCGAAUAUCGCUAAAUGAAAACCACAACAAAUACUUUGGGAACAGCAACAUCGAUGUACAAAUAUUUACCAAUACAAAAGAACCCAAUCAAGUCAAUUUAAAUUCAUCGUCAAAGCCGCUGACAACUACAGUAACGACGACCUCAGCGGAGGCUUCGGCUUUUCAUGCCGCUCUUCCCGCUUCGCUUUCAGUUGCUCAGAUAGCGCAGCAGCAACAUAUACAUGCACGGCAGCAACAUCCACGUCUACAGCAGCAACAGCAGCUGAUAAUGCCGCCCACAGCGAUGACGGGCAAACACUUUCCACCGCCCGCCAAACUGCGAAAAUCGAAAUCCACCCCGAGUCUCAAUUUCGAUGGCAGCCAGCCCAUGGAGGAGGAUUCCCGCUGGCGCUCCACAUCCCCGUUUUCACGGAACCCCGCCUCGGAGGCUAAGCAAACGCAGCAACAUGGACAAUUUUCACGCAUCACCAGCAACGAUAGCAGUUGCAACAGCAACAGCAACAAGUGCAAAGGCAAUGCGACGCCAACAACACCGGAGUCAUUGCGCUUUGGAUGCGCUCACUACAAGCGACGGGCCAUGUUUGUGACUCCCUGCUGCAACAAGUUCUACAAGUGCCGCUUUUGCCACGACGAGAAUGAGACACACCACUUUGAUCGCAAGACCCUCACCGAACUCAUCUGCUCCGAAUGCAACACGCGGCAAACAGUUCGGGAACAGUGCGAGAAUUGCGGAGUCCGAUUUGGCAAGUACACCUGUCUGAUCUGCAACCUCUUCGAUGAUGCGGACAAGAAGCAGUACCAUUGUCAUGGCUGUGGAAUCUGUCGGAUUGGCGGUGCCGAAAACUUCUUCCACUGCCAGGUCUGCAACAUGUGCCUGCCCAUCCAGUUGAAGAUCGAUGGCCACAGGUGCGUGGAGAACAUCUCGCGGUCCCACUGUCCGGUUUGUCUGGGGGACAUCCACACCUCGCGCAUUCCCUGCCACAUCCCCGACUGCGGCCACCUGCUGCACAAGAUGUGCUUCGACCAGCUGCUGGCCUCCGGCCACUACACCUGUCCCACCUGCCAGACCUCGCUGAUCGACAUGACGGCGCUGUGGGAGUACCUGGACGACCAGGCCUCGCGUAUGCCGGUGCCCCUGAAAUACGAGAAUCAGCGGGUGCACAUAUUCUGCAACGAUUGUCACAAGACUUCCAAAACCAAAUUCCAUUUCAUCGGACUCAAGUGCAUGCAUUGCGGCGCCUACAACACAACACAGGAUGUGAAACGUCGCCUGUCCCUGGUUACCGAUGAGCCAUCCUCCGCAUGAUGUCCACCGACUCACAUCACAUCAGCCACAUCCACAUCCGCAUUAGCAACAGGAAUUCUCUUGCCAUGCUACCCAUAUUUGAAGAAACUAAUUGUUUACCCAAACACAAAACAACUGAAAUCGAAACGCAUUGAAUUUAGACCAAAUUCGAGCUGGUAUCGAAUAUAAACCACACAAACACAAACAAAAGGCUCCCUUAAUCAUUCGGGUGUUCACUCGGAACUCCUGGAGAUUUCAAAAUAUUGAUUAGGUUUCAUGGAAAUAUAUAGUUUCAAUAUUGUGAUACGGCCAUAACAAUAAUUUUAUCCAAAUUGUAUUUUAAAUCUCUAGGGGAUUCCGAAACCCCGCUAUUAUAUACACUUCACACAUUGGUAAAUACAAAUUUUAACUCGAAUUUUAAAGUAUUCUAUUUGCAAAAAUUAUUUUGUGUAAAUCUCGAAUUUCUAUGCAAAAAUUUAAUUUUAGAAAAAAACUCUGUAAAUCUUAAAAUUCCGUUACGCAUGAGUUCUUAAUAAACAAGAGAGAACGCUAUAGUCGGGUGCCCCGACUAUCAGAUACCCGUUACUCAGGUAAAGGGAGUGCGAG